CCGGCGCGCCAUGCAUGCAUGAUACAUACAGUGUGCAUAUUAUUUGUAAUCGUCGAUUGGGAACCUGUACAGAAGUGUCGCAAAAUAACACGAGUUGAAUAUCCCAGGUUGCGUGGUGCCCCCCAGGUACCCCCGAGAUGGCUGAAGCCCAUGCUGCCGUGGCAUUCCAGUUCACGGUCACCCAUGAAGGCAUCGACUUUGACAUCAACCAUGAAGCGCUGAAAGCAGUCUUUGAGAGCGGCAGACGAUCAUGGGUGAAGAAAUUCAGGCGUUUCCAGAAUGGCAUGGUGAACACCACCUAUCCUGCCAGCCCACUGAGUUGGUUAGCCGUAGUGACAGCAGUCACAGCGUGCUCCCUGGCCCGCCUGGAUCCAUCCAUGGGAAUGAUUGAUAAACUCAAGGAGAACGUCUUACCAGUGAACUAUCUUGGGCCGGCCCCAACCAUCUAUCUGUCCACUGUCAUCUUUGCCACACUGCUGUGGCUGGGCAUCAUCUUCACGCUACGGUUCAUCUUGAAGCGACUGCUCUCCUACAAGGGGUUCAUGUAUGAGGGGCGGGGCAAAAUUUCUCUCAAGACCAAGAUAUGGGGGAUGCUGUUGAGGUGCUUCGUUACCAGUAAACCUCGUCUGUUCAGCUAUCAGAAUGCGCUGCCCAAUUUGCCUCUGCCGCCACUUCAAGACACAAUGAGAAGGUAUCUGCUGUCCGUGCGUGGGUUCCUUAACGACGAAGAGUUUGAACGCAUGGAGCUUCUCGUCAAGGACUUUGAGGUGGGGCUCGGGCCACGCCUACAGCGAUACCUCAAACUGAAAUGGUGGUGGUCCACCAACUAUGUGAGUGAUUGGUGGGAGGAGUAUGUGUACCUGCGGGGGCGGGAUCCGAUCAUGGUCAACAGCAACUACUACGGAAUGGAUUCCAUUGCCAUGGCGCCCACAUACAUCCAGGCAGCUCGCGCAGCCAACUUCACCCUCAGCCUCCUGCGUUUCCGCCGUGAGAUCGAACGUGAGACGCUCAAACCGCUCAUCAUGCAAGGCAUGGUCCCGCUCUGCUCCUACCAGUAUGAGCGGCUGUUCAACACCACGCGCAUCCCGGGACUCGAGUCCGAUACGCUGGUCCACCACAAAGACAGCAAGCACAUCGUCGUCAUCUGUAGAGGACGCUUCUACAAACUGGUCUUCCAGGUGAACGCAACCAUGCUGAACCCUGCUGAACUUCAGAAGCAGUUCCAGUGGAUAAUUGAUGACCCCAGCGAACCAGUGGAUGGAGAGGAGCAUCUGCCUGCCCUCACUGCCGGGGACAGGAUUCCCUGGGCUCUGGCUCGACAGCGGUUCUUCACCCGAGGCGUCAACAAGAUCUCCCUCAGAGCCAUCGAGAUGGCGGCCUUCAUUGUUGUCCUCGACGACGAAGCACAAGAUUAUGAUGUUGAACCACUGAAGGGGAUACUGGCCAAUCAAAAACUGCCGCCAUGGUAUAAAGGGCGACCCCAAGAGUCCACUGACAACCAGUUUCCCACGCCUGUCAAAGAUAACUGGAACCAGAAUCGCAUGCUGGAUAGGUUCAGCCACUCCCUGCUAGCCGGCAACGGACACAAUCGCUGGUUUGACAAGUGCUUCAACCUUGUCAUCUUCAAGAACGGACGCAUGGGCGUCAACGCUGAGCACUCACUUGCGGACGCCCCUGUCAUGGCUCAUCUCUUUGAGUACGCCUUUGGUGAAGACAUCAUGGAUAUUGGAUACAACGAUGAUGGUUCCUGUAAGGGGGAGGUCAAGGCCACGUAUGCACCACCCUUGCGCCUCAAGUUCGAGCUGUCAGAAGAGGUCACUGCAGUGAUUGAGACCAGUCUACAGACCGCCAAGAAGAUCUCCGAUGAUCUGGAUUUCCACCUGCUUGUGCACAACCAGUUUGGCAAGGGGGCUAUGAAGAAGUGCAAAGUCAGCCCCGAUGCCUUCAUUCAGAUGGGCAUGCAGCUGGCCUACUUCAGGGAUGCCGGCAAGUUCAACUUGACCUACGAGGCGUCCAUGACCCGUCUGUUCAGAGAUGGCCGAACUGAGACUGUGCGACCCUGUACCAUCAGCUCAUGUGACUUUGUCAGGUGCAUGGAAGACCCCUCAACAACCAGGGAGCAGCGUCUUGCUGCCUUCCGCAAGGCAUGUGAAACCCAUGUGACUGGUUACCGUGACGCCAUGUGCGGCAUGGGUAUCGAUCGUCAUCUCUUCUGCCUCUAUGUUGUCUCCAAGUACCUGAAUGAGGAGUCUCCAUUCUUGCAGAAGGUGCUGAGCGAACCAUGGCGUCUAUCCACAAGCCAGACACCACAUCAGCAGAUGAACAAGCUCGACAUCAGCAAGCAUCCAGAGUUCAUCUCUGCCGGUGGAGGCUUUGGCCCGGUGGCCCAUGAUGGCUAUGGUGUGUCAUACAUCAUCGCUGGUGAGGACGUCAUCUUUUAUCACGUCUCCGGUAACAAGUCCUCGGGCAACACGGACUCCUGGCGAUUUGCCAAGGGCAUCGCAAAAGCCAACAACGACAUCCUUGCGCUCUUCCAGUAAACAUCAGCAACGUCUCCGACAAGCCUCAACAAAUCCGAUAGAUACACUGGUAUUCAACUUCAUUUUUUUUUUUUUUUACCGAUAAGUUUUAUUUAUUUGGGUGCUGUUAAUUUUACAGCCAGUUGUUAAAACACAUGUACAUGAAAGUUUGUUUUGAACCACCCAAGGUAGAGUCUUUGUAGGUUUUAACGGGCAAAGUCUCUUCUUUUUUUGCAUUUCAGUAAUUCAGUCAAAACAAUUCUUAGUUGCCUGUAAUUAUCAAUUCAUCUUGAGGGUUUUCGGUUAAUUUUCUUAAAAAUGUGAUCACCAGCUGUCUUAGGCCAAAAAAAAUAUAUAUUUCUGCUUCCGAUUACAUGGCAUUCG